AGGAGAGCCCGCCUUCAGCUGCUUGUACUCACAUGAUUUGCAUUUAUUUCUCUGCGUGAUUCUCUGAGUUGAGAAAUUAGAAACCACUCAGAGCACAUAAUGAACAAAAUGAACGCUAUCCUGAAGCUGCUGCUGCUGGCGACAGUGACUCUACUGGUUUCUGCUCAGGAAUGGAAUAAUUAUCAGAGCUUGCCUGAAUCAUACAGAACACACAUUGACAAGGCACUGCGUGAUGCCAAUAAAAAAUUUGGGGGUCUUCAUCAUGUGGCCUAUGAAAAGCUCUUGUCCACCCCAAAGAUUACAGACUAUAACCUGUAUGUAAAUGUGCGACUGAUAGUCACUACAUGCAAGAAAGAGCCAAAUAAAGGAUUUGCACAUCGAGAUGACUGCAUUACCCAAAAACCUAAAACGCCCUGGAUUGACUGUCUUGUAUGUAAGAAAGAAAACGGUGGAGAACUUAUCGACUGUGCAAGACAAGUUGAUGUCAGAAGUGGAAGAGACAUUCGAAAACAUUGUGCUUACCGGACACAUGGAGGUGCAACUGUGCUGUCUCAGAAAAGUGGGAAUAGUAAGCAGGAGCUUGGAUGUCUUGGGUGUGUCUGACUUUGAGACCCCUAAGCAGCACAUAGCAAACUGACAAAAUACAGAUUUCAGCUGUGAAUGAAGAGGAUUAUAUACGGAUCACCAUAUUAAAAAGCACCUUAGACAGAUGACUUUUAUGAGAAUUGGAGCAUUUUGUAUCAGUUUCAAAUUUGAAAAACACCUUUACACUAUAUUAAAAUGUCAUGAUAAAUGGACCAAUAGAAAUGGCCUAAAAUUAAACUUUCUCCAUUAAUGUCCAUUCAAGACUAAGAAUUUUUUUGUUCUUCUCCUGUAAAGUAACCUUUUUUGAGAUACACUUUCCAAUAAAGACCAUUAUUCUCA